AUGUUUUCAACUUGUGCAUCUUUUCAAAGAGUUGGUAGAAGUAGAACCAGAAACACUGUCUUCUUAGGUGAUACUUCAAGAAGGAAAAGGAAGAGUUUGUGUCACAGUAGAUCUAGUCCACGGCAGAAGAAAGAUGUUAGCUUCCUCACAAAUCUUCCAGGAGCAUCUGAAAAGUUAAACAUUUUCAAUGUCGAUCCUAGCAAUCCAGAAAGUCUUAAUGCAGCAAUUGAAGGGUGUGUUGGAAUAUUUCACACUGCCACUCCGGUUGAUUUUGAAGUGAACGAACCGGAAGAAGUAGUGACAAAAAGAACCAUUGAUGGAGCUUUAGGGUUUCUAAGAGCAUGCAAAAAUUCGAAGACAUUGAAGAGAGUUGUUUACACUUCAAGUGGUUCAGCCGUUUCUUUUCAAGAGAGAGAAGAAGAUGGAUUGGAUGUUGUCACUCUUGUGCCAAAUUUUGCUAUUGGACCCUUCAUUUGCUCUAAGCUUCCUAGUUCAAUUUAUGCUUCAAUGCCUUUCUUAUUUGGAGAUGUAGCACAAACCAUUGACUGCUAUAACUAA